AUGCCGACCUUCGAUGCUGAAGCAUUCGCUUUCCUCUCCUCUAUCAAGGAGCCCGUACUCAAAGACGGAGCAACGCGCACAAGACUUCUCGGCAUGGUGAACAAUCUUACGGCUCCCCAUCCUUCCGAGGUCAUGCAAUGGCUUCAAAUGGCAGAGUUUCGCGUCUUUGCCUUUGACAACCUGCUAGUUGAUUGUGUCAAGAUCUGGGCUGGCUACAGAACCCAUGUCCAACCCUUGUGGAUUUUUCUACUCCUUGGAAAGUUCAUCGCGACCAUGCUUGGUCAAGACAAGUUUGAAUGUACAAUCGGUGGUACACGAUACCAGUGCCCUAGGCCAGAACAAAUGAAGACGAAGCUGGAGUACAAGUAUGAUCGGUGGGCAUAUGAGUCGGAGGAUGUGUCGAUCAACAUGCCUUAUGAGUAUGGAGAUUCGUUAAUCUAG